UUCAUGAAGUACGCAGUUCUAUUUUACACUUCCGUGGGCAUUGAGCCGUAUACGAUUGACUCUCGGCCCAAAAAAUUCCGUCUGUGGUCAUAUCUUCUCUUUUGGGCCAAUGUGAUCAAUUUGAGUUUCGUUGUUUUGGGAGAGAUCCUGUAUCUGGGAGUCGCUCUUUUCGAUGGAAGGUUCAUCGAUGCCGUCACUGUAAUGUCGUACAUUGGAUUCGUGAUAGUGGGCAUGAGCAAAAUGUUCUUCAUUUGGUGGAAGAAGGCCGAUCUAAGCAAGUUGGUCAAGGAAUUGGAGCACAUCUAUCCAACUGGUAAAGCUGAGGAGGAAGAAUAUCGGUUGGAUAGCUACCUGCGAUCUUGUUCACGGAUUAGCAUUACCUAUGCACUACUCUAUUCUGUGCUCAUCUGGACAUUCAACUUGUUCAGUAUCAUGCAGUUCCUCGUAUACGAAAAGUGGCUCAAAAUCCGAGUGGUCGGUCAAACGUUACCAUACUUGAUGUACCUUCCCUGGAAUGGGCAGGAAAACUGGUCGUAUUAUGUGCUGCUGUUCCUUCAAAACUUCGCAGGAUAUUCUUCGGCGACGGGACAGAUCUCAACGGAUCUUCUGCUCUGUGCUUUGGCCACCCAGGUGGUCAUGCAUUUUGAUUAUUUGGCCAGGUUGGUGGAAAACCAAGAGCUGGAUGACGAUUGGAACAGAAACUCAAGGUUUCUUGCAAGAGCUGUACAAUAUCAUCAGCGAAUACUUCGACUAAUGGACGUUCUCAACGAUAUAUUCGGGAUACCACUACUGCUUAACUUUAUGGUCUCCACAUUUGUCAUCUGCUUCGUGGGAUUCCAAAUGACCGUGGGUGUCCCGCCGGAUAUCAUGCUAAAGCUCUCCUUGUUCCUCUUCUCGUCCUUGUCGCAGGUGUACUUGAUAUGCCACUAUGGCCAGAUGAUUGCCGAUGCGAGCUCUAGCUUAUCGAUCUCUGCCUAUAAGCAGAAUUGGCAUAAUGCUGACAUCCGAUAUCGUCGCGCUCUAGUAUUCUUUAUAGCUCGACCUCAAAGGACAUCCUAUCUACAGGCCACUAUAUACAUGAAUGUAACGAAGUCCACUAUGACAAGCCUUCUGCAGGUAUCCUACAAAUUUUUCGCUCUCCUUCGUACCAUGUAUAUCAAGAUGGAGAAGUUAAUGAAUUACGCCAGUUUUUUCUACACAGUAGUGGGUAUACGGCCCUAUACCGAUGGUGAAGAGUCAAAAAUGGACAGACUUAGAUAUCGCAUUGUUUUUUGGUCGAAUGUGAUCAACGUGUGCUUCGUUGGAUUAUGUGAGAGCAUCUACGUCUACAGCGCCUUCAAGGAUAAUCAGAUCCUGGAAGCUGUCACUGUGAUGUCCUACAUUGGCUUCAUCAUUGUAGGCAUGAGCAAGAUGUUCUUCAUCCGGUGGAAGAAGUCGGCUAUAACUGAACUGAUAAAUGAAUUGAAAGAUAUCUAUCCGAGGGGUUCAAUCCAAGCGGAAAGAUACAACCUGCCCAUGUACCUGGGCACCUGCUCCAGAAUCAGCCUUACUUAUUCCUUGCUCUACUCUGUUCUCAUCUGGACAUUUAACUUGUUUUGCAUAAUGGAGUAUUGGGUCUAUGACAAGUGGCUGAGCAUCCGGGAGGUGGGCAAACAGUUGCCGUACCUCAUGUACAUUCCUUGGCAAUGGCAGGAUAGCUGGUCGUAUUACCCACUCUUAUUCUCACAGAAUUUUGCAGGAUGUACUUCUGCAGCGGGUCAGAUCUCAACCGAUCUUCUGCUAUGCGCUGUAGCCAGUCAGUUGGUAAUGCACUUCGACUUUCUUUCAACUAGUAUGGAACGCCACGAAGUGAGUGGGGAUUGGAAGACGGACUCCCGAUUCUUGGUGGAUAUUGUGAAGUAUCACGAACGUAUCCUCCGCCUCUCAAAUACAGUAAACGAUAUAUUCGGAAUUCCCCUACUACUCAACUUCAUGGUGUCGUCCUUUGUCAUCUGCUUUGUGGGCUUCCAGAUGACUGUUGGAGUUCCGCCGGAUAUAGUUGUGAAGCUUUUCCUCUUCCUCAUCUCCUCGAUGAGUCAAGUCUAUUUGAUUUGCCAUUAUGGUCAACUGGUGGCCGAUGCCAGCCACGGAUUUUCGGUUGCGACAUACAAUCAGAAGUGGUAUAACGCCGAUGUGCGCUAUAAACGAGCCUUGGUUAUUAUAAUAGCCAGAUCGCAGAAGGUCAUUUUUCUAAAGGCCACCAUAUUUUUGGAUAUUACCAGGACCACAAUGACAGACCUGCUUCAAAUAUCAUACAAGUUCUUUGCACUGCUGCGCACCAUGUAUACCCAAUAGGGAUGACCAGAGAAGAUCCCCAAUUCCUAAUCCCGUAUCUAUG